AUGUGGAAACGACCUUCUCCCACGAAUGCUGCUAGGGAUGAUUCACUUCGUCUUCCUGACAUAGGCUUCCUAGGUCGUUCGAAGAAGAAAGCAUUUGAUCCUGAUUCCCAAUCACAACUAUCUGAUACUCCUUCACGUUCUGGCUUUCGUCCCUUUCGAUCUAGACGUGGUAAGCCAGACCACAGGGAGGACAACUUUGGCAGUACAACAACUUUGACCCGACCAAGAGCAUCUACCAUAGAUAGUUCACAUCGACCCGAUUCCAUCUACCCCGAAUCAGAAGCUCUCCAACCGCUUCACUCCCAGCGGUCACUUGUCUCCUUCAAUUCAAGAUCAAGCAGACAUAUGGGCCCCAUGGAGGUUGAUCGUACCCGUACUCGGAGGGAGAGGACGUUUAUCGGCAGUGAAUGUGCCGUCUGCGAGGAGCCGCUAGAACAUAUCCUGCGAGGUGAACGUGUUCUGCAGCUUGCAUGUAGCCAUGUGUCCCACGAAGCAUGUUUCUAUGAAUUUAUCCGAGAAUAUGAAUCGGAAUACUGUCCGACCUGCAAUGCGCCGCUGGCCCUGGACACUAGUCGUGGUGGAAAUGUCUUGGAUAUGGAGAAAAUUAGUAAUAUUGUCCGCUCGGUGACGACGAUGAGCGAUACUGCCACAAUGCGGAGUGUCUUAACAACCCCGGCAACUCCAUGGGAACAGCCACCUCCAUCCGUCCGAAAGCCAAGUGAUGCCAGUAAUCGGUAUACCAACAAUAACAGUAGUAACAACAGCAACCGAGAUGAUGCUCAUCAAUUCGAACAACAAAGUCUUGAUGCCAACCAGCGGGAGCGGGAACGUGUUGAACCCCUGACCAUCAAUUCACAGCCCCGCCAACCUCAUUCACGGAACGGAAGUGCAGCCGGCUCCUCAGGUGAUUACCAUGACGGACAGCAUAUCAGCACUGGACGACGCCACGAUUAUGAUGUGCAAGCAAUGGAAUCUGACUUGAGUCCCCGCCCUGGGGUGAUCAAAAACCCGAUUCCUGCUCCGAUUGUGACCGUGCGAAGUGAAUUCCCAACUAUGAACCGAUCCCGUCACCAACAAUCACUCACCUGUCUGAUCACGGUUGAGGUGCCGGAGGGCAACUGGCUUCCCGAUGCAGAUGAUCUUCAAAAUCCUCCAGGUCAAUCGCAGCCGGAUGAGCCAUAUUCUGCGCGGUUUGGAGGCUCACAGGAUGCUCGGUCUCCCCAGUAUGAGCCAACAGAGAACAUGGAUGAGAUUGCCGAGGAGUUGAAGAACCGAGUGGACAACUGGCAUGGACUUGAAUUCUCACGAUUUGGCAAGCUGCGAUUGCAUGGCCAAAUGCGUGUUGGCAAGGAUCGGGAGUCAUGGCAAGAGUUGGAAUGUUAUUUGUUUGCUGAGAUGCUUAUUUGCGUCAAAGAAAAGAAGGUCUCUUACAAUGAGAUGGGCAAACGAAAGCCCCGUUGCACGCUCAAGGGCUCUAUCCUAAUCAGGAAGCAUUUGAAGUCCCUCGAAGCUGGCGUGGAAGAGCCAAUUCUUUCGUUGAACUUGACUGUAACCGAGUUGCCCUGCUUUUUCUUACGCUUCAAGUCACGCAGCCAGCUCAACAUCUGGCGCCGUGCUUUACUGGAUCUGCAUGUGGCGGAGAAUCUGUCGCGCCAGAGUGAUUUUGAGUUUGAUACUUCGGCUGAAGAGGACGACUACCGGACCGGCCGAAUUCAACGACAAUCUUCUACCAAUUCUUCUUACGGUGCAGCCAAGUCCAGCAAAUCUGCCAUCACUGAUUACACUAUACCGGAUUCGGAGGCUCCUCAAAUCCAGUCUUUCCACAUUCCUAUCGAUGUUGUCGUUGUGAUCCCCGUUUCUUCGUCCAUGCAAGGUCUUAAAAUUACCCUUCUGCGCGAUGCCCUCAAGUUCCUGGUACAAAAUCUAGGCCCUCGGGACCGCAUGGGUUUGGUAACGUUUGGCUCAAGUGGUGGAGGGGUGCCUUUAGUGGGCAUGACCACUAAGAAGUGGAGCGGAUGGAACAAGGUCCUUGAUUCUAUUCGCCCCGUUGGUCAGAAAAGCCUUCGGGCUGAUGUGGUUGAGGGUGCAAAUGUGGCCAUGGAUCUCCUGAUGCAGCGCAAGUUCAACAACCCUGUGUCCACAAUUCUUUUGAUCAGCGAUUCAUCUACUUCCGACCCAGAAAGUGUCGAUUUCGUCGUGUCUCGUGCCGAGGCUGCCAAGGUCAGCAUCCACUCUUUUGGGCUUGGUCUCACACAUAAACCGGAUACAAUUAUUGAAUUGUCGACACGGACCAAGGGAUCUUACUUGUACGUGAAGGACUGGAUGAUGCUUCGUGAAUGCGUUGCUGGUUGUUUGGGUGCAUUGCAAACAACAUCUCACCAAAACGUUAAAUUGAAGCUCCGGUUACCAGAAGGAUCCCCCGCCAAAUUUGUCAAGAUUAGCGGUGCCCUUCAAACUACUAAGCGAGCAACUGGCAAGGAUGCCGAAGCUGCUUUGGGUGAUCUGCGAUUCGGUGACAAGCGUGACGUUCUAGUUCAGCUGGUGAUCGAGCCAGACAACGCCACUCAGGAGAACAUGCCCCAAGACGCAUGGGAGAGCCUUGUUUCUGGAUUAGAGGCUCUGGGUGGUGGAGCUGACGGUGAUGAGCCCCGAGUCGUCAGCGUUGAAGAAGUUCCGUUGAUACAAGCCGACUUGACCUACGGUGACCUUCUUCGUGAAGGCCACUUGACUCAUUCGCCUCGUCCCUCUCUCCUCGCUAUUACCAUGCUCCCACCAAACCCCAAGGCCAAGAGUCAGCAGUCAAUGUCUCCGCAAAUUCCCCCUCACCCUUCCAUUGUACAGCGCCGCAUGGAGCUGCUUACCUCCGACAUGUUGACUCGAGCACUUACCCUUGUCUCGCGGGGCCAACAUGAUCGUGGAGAGCACUUACUGAAUGAGACUAGGAGUAUUCUCAAGGGCCUCGGCAAGGGUGGUUUACCACCACUGCCUCCAGCUGCUGCUCCACGUGCUUCCGGUACAAGUGACUCAGGCAGGGGUGAUACUCCGAGCUCAAACUCUCCAAAGUCUUCAAUCUACGGUGACGGUCAUGCCUCCACAGUCUCUGAGACCCCGACUAUCUCCCCAGCCGCUGCUAUUGACAAUCAUACAAUGACAGCCCUCAAUGCAGACCUGGAUUCAGCAUUGGAGUGGAUCAAUCACCCGGCAGUAUUCAGCCGUGACUCCCGCAAAGCUGUCCUCCAAAGCAUUGGUGUCAUCUCAUCCCAGCGAGGCUUCACCUACCGCACCCCCUCAGAAGCACACUGGGCACAAAGAAUAAGUGGUAUCCGCCGCUUAACAGACCGAUCCAAAGAUUGGCGCGAAAUGGGUGAUGAUGCACUGACCGAAGAAUGA